AAGUACAUAGAUAAAACAUCCCUGCAAUUGGAAUUUCGCCUCAUCAUCUCUCAGCCCUUCCAACCUGCCAAUCCCAACUCCAAAAUCCCAACUUUGAGGUUGGCUGACUAGAAUUUGUCAAUUAACAAAAUGCCGUCCGAUGAGUGGAGUGAUCCUGAAUACGACGUUCCUCUUCAACACAAACGCCCUUUUGGAUCAGGGUUAAAGCGAAAACGGGUUGUUUUCAUCCCAGCUUCUUCAGGCAACCUUAACACUACAGAAGAGAAUACACCUGCGGAACCCUCCAAAUCUGUAGCUGAUUUAUACUUGAGCAUUGUAUUGCCGAAGGAAAAGGAGACUAGCCAGUCAAGCUCAGCAGAAAGCUCGGGUGGUGCUACUACCACUCCUCGAGUUUGUGAAAUUUGUCAGCUACCUUUAGAGGAGCAAGAAUCCCUUGAAAACGGGUCCGCAAUCAAUAAGAAAGAGAAGGCGAAUUCUCGACCACAUGAGGCCUCGAUAGCACAUCAGGUAUGCUUGGCUCAUUCGCAUCCGCCUUCGGCUCUAGACCGGUCGCGAAUGGGUUUGAAUGUCCUCCAGUCUCAAGGGUGGGAUCCAGACUCACGAAAAGGGCUGGGCGUCGAGCAACAAGGUAUGCAACAUCCCAUCAAAGUAAAGCCAAAGAACGACACCCUAGGGAUAGGAGUCCAAGUACCGAAGAACCUACCGGCCAAGAAGGAGAAAGCAAAGACUUAUGACGCCAAAAAGAUACGGAAGAUGGCCUUGGAGGACAAGAAGCGGCACGAGAAGCUCCGGCGACAGCUCUACAGCAAUUCAGAUGUGGAAAAAUACCUAGGUUCCGGAUGAAACACGGCACGUCUUUGUUGAAUAGGUAUCAUAUCAUGACGCGCUUACCUACCUACCUAAUUGCAUUAAGAAUCGGUCUGAGACCAACUGAUUAUAUGAGAUACCCCUUUUUUAUAUAUAUAGACUGUCGAUAGACUUUUAGUCGAAUUAUUCUACAUGUAGAUAUGUACUAGAUUAAAAAGGACGAUACAAUUUGGGUGGCUGGAUUAAUUACAUACUGGUACAUUAUCUGUGGCUUGAUUUAUUAACCUUCAAUAUGUACGUAGUAGGCACUCUAUUCCAAUCUCCAUCGGUUUCGAUGGACGCUUAAUCCGUCGCAGUAUGUAUGAC